UCAUGUGCCCCUCUAUAGUUGCUGGUCAGGUGAUGCCGGCUUGACCAUGGCGGCGUUGGCGGAGUCUCUGUCGCUGGAGAGAGAUGUUGCCAGAGCAAUCGAGCUCCUGGAGAAGUUACAGCGGAGUGGCAAUGUCCCGCCUCAGAAACUGCAGACAUUGCAGCGGGUUCUUCAGAGCAAGUUCUGUUCUGCUAUCCGAGAGGUGUAUGAACAGCUUUACGAGACGCUCGACAUCAGUGGCAGCCCUGAGAUCAGAGCUCACGCAACAGCCAAGGCAACAGUUGCAGCUUUUGCAGCCAGUGAGGGCCACGCACACCCUCGGGUCGUGGAACUUCCAAAGACAGAAGAGGGACUUGGCUUCAACAUAAUGGGUGGGAAGGAACAGAACUCCCCCAUCUACAUAUCCCGAAUCAUUCCCGGAGGAGUGGCUGAUAGACAUGGAGGACUUAAACGCGGUGAUCAGCUUCUCUCGGUUAACGGAGUGAGCGUGGAGGGGGAGCAGCAUGAGAAGGCUGUGGAGUUGUUGAAAGCAGCACAAGGCACUGUGAAGUUGGUGGUGCGGUACACGCCCAAAGUGCUGGAAGAAAUGGAGGCUCGCUUCGAGAAGAUGAGGACCGCCCGCCGUAGGCAGCAGCACACCAGCUACUCGUAGGUCUCAGGAAGGCAGAAGGCUUUGGUCAGGAGUUCACCUGGUAAUGUUGGCCUCAUGACAUGUGAGGCAGUCACAAAAAAGCUGGUGUAAAUCUUCAUGCAAAUGUGCAGAAACAGUGGGCAGGAAGGGAGCUGCUCCAUCAAAGCUGGCCCACGAUGAACUAUCAUGUCUGGACACUUCCUACCUCUCCUCUACCACCACCACCUCUCUCUCCAACCACCUCUGCACCCAUGUAAUCUUGUGAUAGGCAAAAAGCACAGUAUUCAACAGAAUAUCUCACUGAAACACGGGUGAUAGAAACCAUCUAGGAGAAUACAAGAAGUUAGGCAGAGCAUCGUGGGCCGAAGGGCCUGUUCCUGUGCUGUUCUAUGUUCUAAUACAACCUGAGUUUUCUGCCCAUUUGCUUCUCCAUCAUUGAAGCCAAUGCUCAGUUUUUGGUACAUGAUCUCUGCUUCUGCCAGGGACUCUGCCAGUUCCUUCUUGCAGACAUGCAGAGAGUCAUCGACCACCACAGCAGGCUGCUACAUUCUCGAGGCUCACAGCUCUCGGAAAUGUUCAGUUCACGGCUUAACUCAUCCCCUUGCUGUCCCCAAUUAUCCAGCUAGAAUACUAUGAUCAAUAACCACACUAUUAAUCCUUUUCAUUAUUUAUAUAUUUCUAUCAUUGCCUCUAUAUUUGGGCUGCUCUAAAGUAUAUCCUUGAACUUAUUUGAGUAACAAAUGCUCGUCAUUAGUGAAUUUGAAAAUAGUGGUGUAACAUCAGUACUGGCCUAAUGUACAAAGGCAAUGUUGCUGCAAUCUUCAGAACUCCAGGCCAUCACUGAUCUCUUCUGCAGUCUGUGAUGAAAAUGCCAGAAAUACUUGGGUCGGGCAGCAUCUGUGGAGUGAGAAUCAGAGUUAACAUCUGAGGUUAUUGAGCUUUCAUCAACACUGAUGAAAGUUAGAGAUGAAAGGGCAGGAAAGGAGAGAGUAGAAUGGAAGGUGUGUGAUGGGGUUGAAGUUAAAAACACAAAAGACGUGCUGGUACAAGGCAAAAGGAAAGAAAAGGACAAGUAAAGAAAGAAAAGAUGGAGGAGGUGUAAAUGGAAAUAAGAAAGUCACAUCUGAAAUCAUAGAAAUCAUUGUAGUGUGCACAUAAUUGAAAGUAUUAAUGCACCUCACAGAGCUUAUGUUAAGCUUCAUUGCCUCACUGAAGGAGGUCAGGACAGAGAGAUUAAAGUGACUAAUGCCCCAGUCAAACUUGCAGAUAAAGGUAUUCACUACAGUGGUCACCCAGUCUGUGAUCCAUCUCUCCAAAGAUUACAUAGUGAUCAGUGUGCAAUGUUGUUCUUAGAUCCCUUGGAGUCAUGCCCAUGGAGGAUGUAAAAUGCAGAUGGCACCCUUGCUCCUACUCACUGUCCAAUGAUGUGGUGGGCAGGACUGAACUUGUAGCUGAUGUUCCCCCAAUCAGGUAGUCUGUCAACACUCAAUGAUCUGAGCUCAGCUCCUCAGCUGAAUUCCUGGAGGACCACCCGUGGAAACAUCUCCUGAUGACAGCUGGAGGCUUUAAUAUAGCAAAAGCAAAGAUUUGUCUGGAACGGUACGAGAAUGUGUUGCUUUUUUAAGUCAAAGUCUCACUUUGUGAUUUUUUGAAACCAAGAGUUACCUGGGAAGAAAGUUACAGACUGUUGUCUUUACUUAUCCUCUUAUCAAUGCGAAAGAUUAUCGUCUUCAUAGCCAAUAUAAAGUAUGUAUAAAGUAGAAGUCUGUUGGGUACAAAAUUAAAACCCGACCUACUCGUGCCCGAUCUGAAUCUAAGGAGUUAUAGUUUUUCCCCAUGCUCUAAGUAUAACAAUCUUGAACAGCAAACAAUCCAUUGGAGGAACCUGGGACAAGCAUCGACAAUUCCUUCCCUCCCACAGAUGCUGCUUGACCCGCAGAGUUCCUCUAGCAGAUUGUUUGUUGCUCCAGAUUCCAGUAUCUACAGUCUCUUUUGUAUCAUUAACAACAAUCUCAAAAACAUGUCGAUGCUGGAAGUCUGAAGUAAAAACAGAAAAUGCUGGAAACACUCAGCAGGUCAGGCAGCAUCUGUGGAGGGAGAAACAGGUGAUGUUUCAGGUCCGAGACCCUUCGUCAAAACUGAAACAUUAACUCUGUUUCUUUCUGCACAGAUGCUGCCUGACCUGCUGAGUGUUUCCAGCAUUUUCUGUUUUAAGUCAAGUCGGGUCAAGUUUAUUGUUACAUGCACAUGUGUGCACGGGUGCAAUGAAAAUCUUGCUUGCAGCAGCAUCACAGGCACAUAGCACCAUAUAAGCAGCAAUUGUGCAAUUGAUUUGUUUGAGAAUGAAACUUUGAUGAAGAUCAGAGGACAUGUGUUAAUACUAAAUAAAUCAGCCUGACCUGGUUAGGUACAGACCCUACCUGAACCUAUAUCAGAAUACACAUCCGACCAGAAACAAAGCCAACACAUCCAGUCGGUCACGUGGGCUGGGGUCAGGUAGCCAGGCUCUGUUAUAAAGUGUAGCCACUGUUGUGAUGUUUGUAAACUGGGAUUGAACACUGGUGAGAAGUAGUGUUCAAUUUGUUAUAAUGCGUAAAAUAACAUUGAUGUACAGGGGCAGUGCAUAAUUUGUGACUUAAGCACAGAACAUAGAACAGUACAGCACAGCCCACGAUGUGCUGAUCUAUAUAAACCUUAUCCACAUUCAAUCUAUCCCCCUCUCUACUUCAUCUCCCAUAACCCUCUAUUUUUCUUUCACCCAUGUGCCUAUCUGAGAGUCUGUUAAAUUACCUUAUCAUAUGGGCCCCUAGCACCACCCCCGGCAGUGCAUUCCAGCCACCCACCACUCUGUGUUUUUAAAAAAAACACUUCUCUGAAAUCUCCCCUGAACUUUCCUCCACGCACCUUAAAUGGGUGACUUCUUGCAUUGGCCAUUUCCACCCUGGGGAAAAGGUGUUGGCUGUCCAUGUCUAUGUCUCUCAUAAUCUUUAUAUACCUCCAUCUAGUCGCCUGUCAUCCUGCGUUGCUCCAAAGGGAAAAGCCCUAACUUGCUCAACCUCUCCUCAUAAGACUUAUUCUCCAAUCCAGGCAGCUUCCUUGUAAAUCUCCUCUGCAUCCUCUCCAAAGCUUCCACAUCCUUCCUAUAAUGAGGCGACCAGAACUGAACACAAUACUCCAAGUGUGAUCUAACCAGAGUUUUAUAGAGCUGCAACAUUACCUCACAGCUCUUGAACUCAAUUCCUCGACUAAUGAAGGCCAGCGUACCACACGCCUUCUUAACCACCCCAUCAAAUUGCGCAGCAACUUUGAGGGAUCUAUGGACUUAGACUCCAAGAUCUCCCUGUCCCUCCACACUGCUAAGAAUCCUGCCAUUAACCAUGUCUCUGCCUUCAAGUUCAAUCUUCCACUUCUCCAGACUGGACUCCAUCUGCCACUUCUCUGCCUAGCUCUGCAUCCUGCCUAUAUCCUGUUGCAACCUAUGACAACCUUCUGCACUAUCUACUACACCACCAACCUUCGUGUCAUCUGCAAACUUACCAACCCACCCUUCCACCUCUUCAUCCAAGUCAUUUAUAAAAUUCACCUAUUCAACCCUGGGAACGUAUCUAUCCUGAUGCUUUUUAGUAGCUCCAACACUGCUUUCUUAACCUCGACAUGCUCCAACACAUUUGCCUGUUUCGCUGACCUUAUUUCCAAACCAUAGAUAUCCUAGAUCUUUAGUACAGAAUAUGUUUUUUUUGUCAUAGAUGUAAUUUUUGGAGGGAAAAGGUCAGGGGAUAUCGGAAGUUACAGUGUGCAGCUUUUUACUUUUCAUUCUCUGUGCCAGGUCCUUGGAAUCCAGAGGAUAGCCGUUCCGAUCUCCUGUCUCCAGAGGUGGGCAUGGUACCAAGCAUGUGAUAUAGCUGUUAUGCAUGUAGCCAAGUGACCCCACACUGUAGGUCUGACCACGAGAAACAGUGUGCUUAAUUAAACUGAGCAAGGGUAUCAUCUUCUCGCAAUUAAAUGUUGGCACAUGCUGGGAGAAGUUGGUGGGGUUGAGGGCACCUGGAGGUACGUUCAGUGAUGUGCUUCAGUGCAAUAACGUCAUGGUGUAGUUCCAUGUGAAGGACAUUUCUCGUUGAAGGUGAUACCACUUUAAAUUUCAGGAGCUUAUAAAGAGCCGAAAUCUCCAGCUGUGAAAAAUCUAUUCAUAGUUCCUGUUAAUUGACCAAUAUGUUUUCAAUCUCUUGUCCCAUUUUCCUGUUGUGAAUGGGUUCUUUCAUAUCGAGGCCUGAAAUAACAUCCCAACUCCAUAACUUGAGUUAUUCAUCCAUCUAUAGGAAUUCCACAAGCAAAGGUAUUUCGUUGUAUUAGAAAUCGGUUUAGGAAUAGGAUUGAAAGUUUACUUUUAACAUUUAUAUUUUAAGAACAUUGCUAUUUUGCAGGAAACAAGAGGUUCAUCUAUGUUUAUUCAAUUUGAGGUUUCAUGUUCCCAGUAUAAAGUUGGCAGUGCUUAAUUGGGUAGUGUCAGGAAAACCUGAAUGAGACCCAAUUACCUGAAAUUUGUUACCUUUUGAAAUUAUUGUAAUAAUUUGGAAUUCUGGACAGAAUUACAACUAUUUGUGGAGAGCUUUAAAUGCUGAAACAACUGGGAUUGAUUUAUGAGUCAGGUUCUCUAAUGAACUGUUCUGUUUCCAAUAGAGUCCAGUCUUCGCUCCCUUCCUCCCCUCAUUCUCCCAGGAAGAAAUAUCUCGUGAACAAUUGUACAGCAGCACUAAUUAUUUUUGUCUCUGUUUGUGCAAUUGACUGCAGUUUACCUGAAAAUGCAUUGAUCUAAUGUGAACCUGUCCCCUUCUGAGCAGCUGCUGACUGUCUGAAAAGUGGUGCCUUCGUAGCUUGUCUUAGAACUUUGGAUCGGACCUAGAUUUGCAUACUGGGCUCUGGUUACUAGUUAUAUGUAUUGAAGUCUUUAGCUGACUGUAGCUAUUUCUGGUGGUGUUGUUCGCCACCCCUCCUCCACUGUAACUCUUGAUUUUGUAUAUUGGUAAAGAUAUGGACUGAUUUAUUUUGUUUAUCCAUCCUUCAGGGGUGCAGUACUUAAAGUUCUUACCAGUACUGUGUGUAAAUUCCUUACUGGUGCAGUCAUGUCAGAAACAUAGCAUUGGCCACUUUCUUACUGGUGUGUGUAGCAGCCUGUGUUGGCUCACUUUCAUCUCUGCCACUCCUGGUAGUUACUGAAAGCUCAGUAGCCAGUGUGUCCCUUGGGCUAGUACUACAUCAGGAAUGCUUCCUACCUGCCUAUUUACUGUCACGUACAGUUCAUUAGUUCACUGGUCGUUAUCCUGGUGACUGUUGUGCCAACUCAGUUGAUGGCAACAGAAUGACCAAUAAUUAAUGCACAAAUUUGUCUGAUUAAAAAAAUAUGAGAAAUAAUAUUUCUUGAGAUGGGAGAGAGUGGGGCAUUUUAUUUGUUGGGAGCAGUAUUUUAUUUUAAAGAGAGUACUGAGAAAACAGCUCAUACUGUGGAUGAGUUACAAUACAAUAGAAACAGUCUGGACAAACUUGUUCUCUUCAGAGAACCCAGCAGUCAGUUCUAAAGUCCAUGGUGACCAUGAUAGUCCACUGUCAUACAAUGUUUCCAGCAUUUUUCAGGGCAUGGUCAAGUAAAGGGAGAGUAAAUGGACACUUCAAACUAUAUGUAGAGUAGAGAAACGCACUGUUCUGUUCAACAAAUCUAUGCCAUUGUUCAUAUAUACUUUACCCUAUUUCUGUUUUAUUUUUCCCUUGUGUUUAUUUAGUUUUACUUUAACUGCACCUAUACCAUUCACCUUAACCAGCAAGUUCUGGUACAUUCUAGGUGAAAUUCCUUUUUAAUUUCCUGUUUGAAUAUUUAUGGCUCCCUGGUUUGGUCUGUACAUAAGCUGAAACAUCUUCAGAACUUUGAAAUCUUUGCUGUCAUUUCCUCAGCCUUCUCUCUUCUAGAGGAAGGAGCCCCAGCCUGUUGAUUUUCCCCACAAGGCACACCCUCUUAGUUCUGAUAAGCAUAAUUUGCCUCUCAAACUUUGGUCGCUGCCUUCAUUACUUGGAUUCUACUCUCUGCAAACUAGUUGUUGUCGAAUAGGAAGGAGAGUUUGGAUCAGUAUUCUUGCACCCCUGCUGAUGGGAACAGUGUCCCUGCAAAAAAACAUGCUGACUUGUGAAACUUUAGAAAUGACCUGACUAAUUCCUUAAUGCACUGUAUUCUCAGAGCAAACAACUUUUUGGAUUCUAACCCUUAUGUUACUGGCAGUUUCAAAGAGACGUUUAAUUUAGUUCUCAAUCUGUGCAGUCUGAAUUAGCCUUAACCUUGCUAUAAUACAGCUAAUUGGAUAUUAGAAAUGAGGAAUAUGUAAAACAUGGUUUUGACAGGAGCACUCUUUUACCUUUCUAUGUUCUCCAUUUCCCUUCUAUUCCCUCUUUCUAUGUCCUACUUAAAUUUUAAACCAUUUAUUCAUUAACUAUUCUCAGUAUUGUUUCCAAUUUUAAGGUGCUUUAAUUUUAUUUCUGUCAUACUGCAUCAUGUUUUAAAUUCAUUCUCUGGGAUGUGGGUAUUGCUCCCAAGGUCUGUAUUUAUUGCCUAUCCCUACAUGACCCUGAGACAGUGGGUGCUGGACAGGUAAGAGGCAUCCACUUCACUGUGGGUCCAGAGUCACAUUUAGAUCAAACUGACCAUGGAAGGCAGAUGUCCUAAAGGAACAACAGAGGUCAUGUAGCUGCAGUGGUCAACCUAAGUAAUACUAUCUUUUAUUCCAGAUUUAUUUAAUUAACUGAACUUAAAUGUAUGAAAUGUCAUAGUGGGAUAUGACAUCACAUCUCCGGGUUGUUAGUCCAGGCUUCAGAACUACUAGUCCGGUAGCACAACCACUGGGCACCUUGUUGGAGAUGGGGCCAACUGAUUGUGAGAGGGCUAACUGAUUACAGAAGUCUGAGAGCCUUGUGUCCAGUCACUCUUUGAUACAAAUAUUAUGUCUGAACCGCAUUGUUUUUGCAGAUCUUGUGAGUGAUCGUUGCCCUUGGACGAGACAGACAAAGUCAAAGUCAAGUUUAUUGUCAGAUGCACAAAUACGUGUAUGCACAGAUGCAAUGUAAAACUUACCUGCAGCAGUAUCACAGGCACCUAGCAUCAUAUAAGCAGGAUUCACAAGAAAAACACAAAUUAAACAUAAAUUAUACACAAUUUUUACAAGAAAGAACACAUUUAGAACAAAAAGAAAGUCCAUUUUAGAUGGGACUCUGUCCAGAAGGUUUCCUUUCACUUUGAUGCAAAAACACUACAGUCAGCUGUUCAUUUCCUUCCAUAGAUGCUGCCUGUCCUGCUGAGUUUCUCCAGCAUUUUGUGUGUGUUUCUCAUAGGACUUUGAAACUUGUAACUUAGUUUUAAGGAUGGGCAGAAAUUCCCAUUUGAUUUGUCAAGACUGUGCUGUCUUUCAGAAUGUUCAUUUUCUUUCCCUUUUCUCCCCUGAGCAUUCCCCAGCCUUCCUCUCUCCUCCUGAAUGUCCUUUCCAUGGAACAUAGAACAGUACAGCACAGUGCGGGCCCUUCAGCCAACGAUGUUAUGCCGACCAAUGUAAACAUUUGUUGCUGUUCGGAUACCUCAUCCAAGUGGCUGUUCACCAAGUGCACAGCUUAUGACAAGAAGCAUAACUGAACCCAGUCUGUAUCCUCACCUGCCUUGUUAUGCACGCCUCCAGUAAAUGACAGUCUCACUGGAAUCCAGUCGGUUUAUUCCUUCCAUUGCCCAGGGGAUGUUUCACGUGCAGUGUUCCCACUGCUACCAUGGCUAUAAGCAGUUUGCUUGGCACAGACCAUGGACCACCACCUGGAACCUUCAGCUUUGUAUGCUUCAGUGCUACACUGAGUUGUGCCUUCACUCCCUAGGCCAUUAAGCAACCCUAUGAACAUUCAUUCAUAGAUAUUCUUUACCUUAAUCUAUAAGAUGUUAAGCCAAUGACUUCAAGUUAACAAUGAGAAAACAAGCAGAACUGAUUUUAACUAAUACUUGAGAGCCUGUAUAAUGAAAAGGCAGCUAAAGGAGGUCAGUGUCUCACUCGCUGCUUGGUGACCAUUACUAUAGGUUGGUGUUUGCACAAUUUACGUUGCUAACCUCAAUUAUUGGUAACCAAAACUGACAAAAGUCGGGCAGCAAUGGCACCAGCGGAGAUGGUUCCUGGACAAGUGUGCAUUCGUCAUAAGGAAAUAAACACAAUUAUGUAGGGGAAAGAAUGAUCAAACUUCAUAGCAGGUGGAAGCCGUUUGUCCCAUUGCAUCCCUCCUUUCUGAUAGAGUUGCUGAGAUUAAUCGCACUUCCUGCUCUCAGUCUGUAGCCUUGUAGAUUACAGAUUUUCACAUGCGCAUUUGGAUACUUAAUGAAUGUUGUGAGGGUGUCAAUUCCAGAUCCACGCACCACUCUGGAUGAUCGUUUAUUUUCCUCAGCUGUACUCUAAUUGUCCCUAACACCUUAAAUCUAUGCGUACUGGUUAGUGACUGCUCUGCUAAGUAAAUAAGUUCUUCCCAUUCCCUGUCAAGUCUCACACAGUUUUGUAUAACUCAGUUAUAUCUCCCUUCAGCAUCCCCUGUUCCAAAGCAUAAAACCCAAGACCACUCACUCUUCCUUCGUAACUAAACUUAGCAAUGUUCUCAUAAAUCUCUCUAAAAGCUUUCCAUUGCACACUGGCUUGGAUCCUGAAGUGCAAGGAGCUGAACAGUUUGCUUGUUGUCGAACUCUUGUUGUUUGUUCCUCUUCCCACAAGGCCAAUGGAAUCAGUCAUAAAUAAAAGAAAAUCCUCGGCAGGCCAAGUGGCAAGUUUGGAGAGAGAGAAAGGCUUCAUCACUCAUUGAACUGGAGCAUUAACUCUUUCUCUUUCUACCUCCAUGGGCUGUCUGACCUAUAUUUUCCAGUUUUACUUAAGGCUUUCAUCAUCCACAGUUCUUUGCUUUGGAUGAAUGGGAUUGAUUGUCAGAUACUUCUGAGCAUAAACUACUUUUUAAAAAGCAAAUAAAUAUGCUCUUCAGUGCUGGGCAAUCACGAUGUCCGAUCAGUGUGGAAUCUUUAAAUUAGCUGAUUUUUGGCAAAUUAUUUGCUUCUAUUACCAAUAACCUUAAUAUAGUGUGUGAAACACCUUCCCUUCCCUCCUCCCCCACAGAAAUACUUGUUGUAUGUCACCAGUAUUUCAAUUGAAAGCCAGCUAGAUACGGGGUCAUGACUUCCUAACAUAACCUUGUGAAAUAUUGUUGUAUACCUGGAACACAUCGUGUGUGCUAACUGGAAGCUGAUGGAGGGAUGUCUGUAAAUCCUAAAUGUACUGUAACUGUACUACUGUACUGAUGUAAUAUGCACUGAUGUAUAUUAUAUGCAGCUGAAGUCUUAAAUGUUUCCAUAAUCCUUUCAUAUAGCUGCAGUCUAAUUUAU